GCCAUCUUGUGCGAAGCAAGGUGGCCUCCACGUUCCCUGAACGUCUUCUCCGCUUCUGCCUCGACCGCCCCUUGAUCACAGACAUGUCUCGGGACCGGUUCCGAAGUCGGGGCGGUGGCGGUGGCGGUUUCCACCGACGCGGAGGGGGAGGCGGUCGCGGCGGCCUCCACGACUUCCGCUCCCCGCCACCCGGCAUGGGCCUCAAUCAGAACCGCGGACCUAUGGGGCCCGGCCCGGGCCAGGGUGGCCCCAAGCCUCCGAUCCCGCCACCGCCUCCGCACCAGCAACAGCAGCAGCCACCGCCGCAGCAGCCGCCACCACAGCAGCCGCCGCCGCUUCAGCCGCCGCCGCACCAGCCGCCGCAUCCGCAGCCGCCGCAUCCGCCGCCGCCGCCGCCACAGGACUCAUCUAAGCCUGUCGUCCCUCAGGGACCCGGCCCGGCUCCCGGAGUAGGCAGCGCUCCCCCGGCCUCCGGCUCGGCGCCGCCCGCCACACCCCCGACUUCGGGGGCCCCCACGGGGCCAGGCCCCACCCCGACCCCGCCGCCCGCUGUCACCUCGGCGCCCCCCGGGGCGCCCCCGCCCGCGCCGCCGAGCAGCGGGGUCCCCACCACCCCCCCUCAGGCUGGCGGCCCGCCGCCUCCACCCGUGGGGGGCCCGGGCCCCGGACCUAAGCAGGGCCCAGGGGCCGUCGGCCCUAAAGGCGGCAAAAUGCCAGGCGGGCCGAAGCCCGGCGGCGGCCCGGGCCUAAGCACUCCUGGCGGCCACCCCAAGCCGCCGCACCGAGGCGGCGGGGAGCCCCGCGGGGGCCGGCAACACCACACGCCCUACCACCAGCAGCACCACCAGGGGCCGCCGCCCGGCGGGCCCGGGGGCCGCAGCGAGGAGAAGAUCUCUGAUUCCGAGGGGUUUAAAGCCAACUUGUCUCUCUUGAGGAGGCCUGGAGAGAAAACUUACACACAGCGUUGUCGGUUGUUUGUUGGUAAUCUACCUGCUGAUAUCACGGAGGAUGAAUUCAAAAGAUUAUUUGCUAAAUAUGGAGAACCAGGAGAAGUUUUUAUCAACAAAGGCAAAGGAUUCGGAUUUAUUAAGCUUGAAUCUAGAGCGUUAGCUGAAAUUGCUAAAGCUGAACUUGAUGAUACACCCAUGAGAGGUAGACAGCUUCGGGUUCGAUUUGCCACACAUGCUGCUGCCCUUUCUGUUCGAAAUCUUUCACCUUAUGUUUCCAAUGAACUGUUGGAAGAAGCCUUUAGUCAGUUUGGUCCUAUUGAAAGGGCUGUUGUAAUUGUGGAUGAUCGUGGAAGAUCUACAGGGAAAGGCAUUGUUGAAUUUGCUUCUAAACCAGCAGCAAGAAAAGCAUUUGAAAGAUGCAGUGAAGGUGUUUUCUUACUAACAACAACUCCUCGUCCAGUCAUUGUGGAACCACUUGAACAGUUAGAUGAUGAAGAUGGUCUUCCUGAAAAACUUGCACAGAAGAAUCCAAUGUAUCAAAAGGAGAGAGAAACCCCUCCUCGUUUUGCCCAGCAUGGCACAUUUGAGUAUGAGUAUUCUCAGAGGUGGAAGUCCCUGGAUGAAAUGGAAAAACAGCAGCGGGAACAAGUUGAAAAAAACAUGAAAGAUGCAAAGGACAAAUUGGAAAGUGAAAUGGAAGAUGCCUAUCAUGAGCAUCAGGCAAAUCUUUUGCGUCAAGAUCUGAUGAGACGCCAGGAAGAAUUAAGACGCAUGGAAGAACUUCAUAAUCAAGAAAUGCAGAAACGUAAAGAGAUGCAAUUAAGGCAAGAGGAGGAACGACGUAGGAGGGAAGAAGAGAUGAUGAUUCGUCAACGUGAGAUGGAAGAACAAAUGAGACGCCAAAGAGAGGAAAGUUAUAGCCGGAUGGGCUACAUGGAUCCGAGAGAAAGAGACAUGAGAAUGGGUGGUGGAGGAGCAAUGAACAUGGGAGAUCCCUAUGGUUCAGGAGGCCAGAAAUUUCCACCUCUAGGUGGUGGUGGUGGCAUAGGUUAUGAAGCUAAUCCUGGAGUUCCACCGGCAACAAUGAGUGGUUCCAUGAUGGGAAGUGACAUGCGUACUGAGCGCUUUGGGCAGGGAGGUGCGGGACCUGUGGGUGGACAGGGUCCUAGAGGAAUGGGGCCUGGAACUCCGGCAGGGUAUGGUAGAGGGAGAGAGGAGUAUGAAGGCCCAAACAAAAAACCCCGAUUUUAGAUGUGAUAUCUAGGCUUUCAUUCCAGUUUGUUUUUGUCUUUUCUUGUUUAGAUACCAAUCUUUUAAAUUCUUGCAUUUUAGUAAGAAAGCUACCUUUUUAUGGAUGUUAGCAGUUUAUUGACCUAAUAUUUGUAAAUGGUCUGUUUGGGCAGAUAAAAUUAUGUAAUGCAGUGUUUGAAACGGGGGAAUUCUUUUUCCUUUUUUUCCUUUUUUUUUUUUUUGACUGUAUAAUGUCCCUCAAUUUAUGGCAGUGUACUUUGUGCCACUGAAUUUCCAAAGUGUACCAAUUUUUUUUUUUUACUGUGCUUCAAAUAAAUAGAAAAAAUAGUUAAGAUUUUGAUCUUCAACUUUGCCAUUCAUGCUUCUAUGCACAUUAGGCUAGGUAUUCCACUUGGAAAGCAUAAGAGUGUCUAGGCCUUUGAAUGGCAUAUGCCAUUUCUGGGAAAUGUAUUUGUAGGCUAAGUAUUGCUUUCUACAUUUAAGUACCCCCUUGUUUUAAAAAGAAGAAAUGCAUAUUGAAGUAGUUUCAUGAUUUGAUUUGUUUGGCGUUAUAGGAAGCAAGCCGGUGCUAAGUAUUUUUAAAUGGCUAUGUAAGCAAAGCUGAACUGUAAAUCUUCAUUCAGGAAUGUGUAUUAAGAUUAUGGAAUGGGUGUAAGACUAUUGGUAGGGGGAGAAAGUGGGUAUGACUUAAAUGGAUCUUUUAUGGCCCUAUGAUCUAUCCUUUCCUUGAAAGUUUCUGAAGAACAAGUGGAAAGAUCAUUUUGUUGCAUUCCUCCAUUCUUGUUUUUUUAAAGAACGAGUCCCAAGCCCUAUGAACGGCUUGUAUUGAACUUUCACAUUUGAAUUAAAGAUUGUUAA